AUGUUUAAGACAUAUAAGGCUGAAGUUGAAAAUCAACUCAACAGAAAAAUUAAAGUCCUAAGAUCAGAUAGAGGAGGGGAAUAUGAAGCCACUGCAUUUGCUGAAUUUUGUGCCACAAAUGGUAUAAUUCAUCAAACGACAGCUCCUUAUACACCGCAACAAAAUGGUGUUGCUGAAAGGAAAAAUAGGACAUUAAAAGACAUGAUAAAUUCUAUGCUGAAUAGUUCUGGGCUUCCACAUAAUAUGUGGGGUGAAGCCUUACUUACUGCAAAUACAAUCUUGAAUCGAAUUCCACAUAAAACGAGUAACAAGUCACCAUAUGAAGUAUGGAAAGGAAGGUUACCAACCUAUAAGACACUCAAAGUGUGGGGUUGCCUAGCAAAAGUUCAAGUUCCUUUGCCAAAGAUAACUAAACUUGGACCCAAAACUAUAGAUUGUGCCUUCAUUGGAUUUGCAUCCAAUAGUGCUGCUUAUAGAUUUUUAGUAUUUCACUCUGAUGUUUAUGAUAUACAUGUGAAUACAAUACUAGAAUAUGUGGAUGCAAUAUUCUUUGAGGACAUUUUUCCUUAUAAACAAGGAAGGUCCAAUGUCAAUAGAAAAAGAACUAUUGAUGAUUCUAGAAUAAAAGAAAAUUCUAGAAUAGAUGAUGGUAAUCCUACUUCAUCUAGUGUUCAAGAAAAUGAACAAGAUCAAGAACCUAGAAGAAGUAAAAGGACAAGAAUACCAAAAGAUUUUGGACCAGAUUUCUUGACCAUGAUGGCUAAAGCUGAGCCUCAAACAUAUAAAGAGGCAAUAUCAAGUCCAGAAGCUCCAUUUUGGAAAGAAGCAAUCAAUAGUGAGGUUGAAUCCAUUAUACAAAAUCAUACAUGGGAACUGGUUGAUUUACCACCCGGUAAUAGACCAAUUGGAUACAAAUGGAUCUUUAAGAAGAAAUUAAAAGCAGAUGGUACAAUUGAUAAGUAUAAGGCUCGUUUGGUAGCCAAAGGAUACCGUCAAAAGGAAGGCUUAGAUUUCUUUGACACAUACUCACCCGUGACAAGAAUAACAUCAAUAAGGAUGUUGAUUGCUAUAACGUCAAUUUAUGACAUGGAAAUACAUCAAAUGGAUGUAAAAAUAGCUUUCUUAAAUGGAGAGUUGGAUGAGGAAAUAUAUAUGGAACAACCUGAGGGGUUUGUAGUAAAAGGUCAAGAACAAAAAGUUUGCAAACUUGUAAAGUCUCUCUAUGGACUAAAACAAGCUCCAAAGCAAUGGCAUGAAACAUUUGACCAUACUAUGAUGACACAUGGUUUUAAAAUAAACGAAUGUGAUAAAUGUGUCUAUAUCAAGACACAUAAGAAUGCAUGUGUUAUAGUGUGUCUGUAUGUAGAUGACAUGCUCAUAAUUGGGACUAACAAGGACAUAAUUAACUCUACCAAGAAAAUGUUAAACUCCAGUUUUGACAUGAAAGACUUAGGUCUUGCUGAUAUAAUUCUUGGAAUUAGAGUUAAAAGAAAUUCAGAUGGUUAUAUAUGA